UUGUUAAUAAGAAAUAAUUACAUAUAAAAUUAAAUUAAGAAAAAAUUUUCCACUUACGUAGAAAGAUAUCGGCAAUAAAAGUCUCGAUUGAAGAUUAACUCGAAGAAUCGAGUCAACUCGAGCCACUCUCGAUUUUUGAUUACAACAGGGAAAAUUUGUAAAAAUGACACGUUUUCACAAGGAUCAAACGUACUCGCUUAUUUUUAUCCCAGCCUAUUCUAUCAAAAUCAUAUCGUUUCGAAGCUUAAUUAAUUAAUGCAAAAUCACCAAAGGUGAUGAGAGAUCUCGGUCUGUGAGUAAGAGGAUGUUGGCGAUCAAAGCGAUCGGUAGCGGUAACGUGGUAACCGUAAUCAGGUAACCGUAGCAGAAGGGGCUCAACACGUGUUGUCCCGAGAUGCUGUUACACGGCCAGUCAGUCGGUCAUCGUCUUCCAUUCGUGUUCACUUUUGAAAUAUCCUGUUCGUGCGCGAACGCGUGGUUCCCCCCCAUGUUCAACACGAUCUUCGGAUGUUUCACCGUUUAUUCCAUCCUAAUGCUCUUAUUCGCGAGUGUUGUACCGAGCCCACAAUGGAGUGUCUCGUCGUGGUUGUCGUUCGGUAUUUAUACCUUGAUCGCGUUUCCACGGAGCACGAACCAAUGGUCGUUUCUGGGCUUGAACUUUUGGCCGAAUCAGAGCGUGGAGAAACCUUCGAACGAAUUCGAUUUGAUCGGAAAUCCAAUCUCGAAGGUUCUCGACUUCUUCCCCACCCCGGUGCAAGAGGAGUGCCUAUCACAAGACAAACGGCGGCAAGGCGUAUGCAUGAACACGUAUGAGUGUCGCAUUCAACGGGGAAAGUCCCUUGGACGAUGUGCACUUGGUUUCGGCGUGUGCUGCAUAUGUAAGUAA